AUGUUUACGUAGGCGUACAAAGCGGAAGCAACAGACGACUAUAGGAUGGCGGAAGGAGACGGUAGUCCUCGGACACAGGCGGAUAAAUUGAGAAGUGUUUACAAUAAGAAGUACAAAGCUGAUGAAUUGGCGAGGACAGGUGUUUAUGACCAGAGGGAUGUAGAUAAUAUAAAUUCCAAUGAUCUGUAUGUCAGUCAGUUCAUACGGAAAACAGAAACCAUUCAGGAUGCAGCAGACAGAUUACACGAAGCUCUGAAAUGGAGAAAGGAAAUGGGAGUGAGAGAUCUGACAGAAACAACAUUUCCUUUAGAAUUUUGGAACAUUGGUGCAAUGUAUUUUCACAGUGCAGAUAAAGAUGGGCGCAAAAUUAUUUGGCUGAAAAUAGCAAAGCACAGAAAAGAUGCAAAUUUACUUCCUAUGAUAAAGAAGUACUUUGCCUAUUGUUUUGAGACUGCAUACAAUGAGAGGCCUGAGGAUGAAAUCGUGUUGCUGUUCGAUAUGACCAACACAGGGAUUUCAAAUUUGGAUAUGGAGAUGAUCAAAUUUGUUAUUACAUCCUUUAAAAUAUAUUAUCCUGCAUUGCUUGGAUACCUGCUGAUAUAUGAAAUGCCUUGGUUAUUUAAUGCGGCUUGGAGGGUUGUGAAGACUUGGUUAAGUCAGGAGGCUCAGAAAAAACUAAAAUUUGUCAACAAGAAUGACAUACAGGAGUAUAUAGACAAAGAGAACCUACCAGAACACAUGGGUGGCACUGAUACAUAUCAAUUCAAAUAUAUUCCUCCAGAGGAGAGAGAAAAUCAAGGUAGUUCAAGUAGCGAUGCAGCAAAGAAAAGGGUGACAUUUGCUGAACAGGACUCCUCUUAUGUCUCUCUGUGUCCAGACCUCAAUGCAGAAAGUUCAAGUAGUACUAUGGCUGGGAGUCCACGAAGUAACAAAAAUUUUAAUGCUGAUUUAAAGAACCAUCAUUCAGAAAGUAACAGUUUUAUGGGCAGAUUACUUACCAUCAGCCCAGCAGAGGACUUGAAGUUUAAAUCAGGGGAAGGAGAAAAACUUCCUUAUGAUGUCAUAUGUCUUAAAAACACACUCCCAUAUCCCAUAGCAUACAAAGUGAAGACAACUUCUCCUGAAAAAUACAAAGUUCGUCCUAGUGCUGGCACUGUUAAACCAGGAUCAGUAGAAAAAGUUCAUGUUUAUCUCCACCAAGAGCAUCACCAUGGAUUAGAAAAAGAUAAAUUUUUAAUCAUGGCUGUAGAGCUUAAUGGAGACCCUCCAGAAAACAUGUCAGAAUAUUGGAGAACUGUUCCGAGAGAAAACAUAAUGGAGCAUAGGUUACGAUGUGUACAGGUCAGGCACUUGGACAGCGGCGAUUCUCCAUCCAUGUCUGCUGAUGACCAAAUUGAAGCUCUCUCCACAAAGGUUGAUUUACUAGUAGAACGCCACGAUGCUCUGCAGAAAUCCAUGAAACUGCUGGUAGUGUUACAAGCGCUGACGAUCCUACUGCUUGUUAUGUUUAUCUUGUACACAUCCUUGUACUCUGGUUCUAAUCCUCCCGCCGUUAUUGAAGCUCAGUCAAAUUCUACCGCGGAUCGCUAUUGCUCAGGGGAUCUGUUUUAACCAUUGGAACUAAAGCUGAACAAAAUCUAAGAAACCUUAACAACAUAAGAAAACUUGGGUAUUUUCAAUUUUGAUUUGAAAAUUAUUGUUUGAUUUGUGAAAAGACUGAUUUAAAAAAAAGAAUUCAUGUUCAUCUACUUCUCAUUUAAUCUCAAAAGUGUCAUUGUUCUUAAAGUGUACAUUAUAGUUACAACAUGCAUGGUCAUGACGUGAACAUUUUACAGGUACAUCGUCCAAACUGUGAUAGUUAUUUUACUGUUAUUGAUAUUUAUUUUAUGGAGAAUGAAAGAAUUCAUACUGGAACUGAUA